AUGACGUACGAACAGCUCAAUGAACGACAUCUGCGGUACGGCGAAGUUGUGGAUAACUACCUGGCUGAGUUGAAGAAACUCGCGUUCUUGUUGGGCGGGAUGAGUGACCGUAUGCCUACUUGCGCAUUUGAGCACGGGUUGCCAGGCAAUGCAAAUAUUAAAUACCUUCACAUCAAUUCGACAACUGUUUACCGUUUUAACACCGUGAAGAUCACCAGCCGUAUCCAAAAUGACGGAACUGCCAGGGACAAGCUUAUCUUUAAGGUGGCUCUACCAAACAAUGCGUUCAUCACUGGGUUUUCGAUGACUCUGAAAAACAUCCACAUAGAAGGGCGAAUCAUAAAACAAAUCCAAAGUUUCUUAAACAAACAGAAGAAGAAACAGUUUGACCCCAGAGGAAACAGACCUCGUUCGACAAGCCAGUUCACAAUCAUUAUACAUGCUCCUCCCACGACAUGGGCUACUUUCUCGCUCACUUAUCAAAACAUGCUACAGAGACGACAUGGCAUGUACGAGCAAGUCCUAUACAUCACGCCUGGUCAAGUUGUCGAAGAUCUCGUAGUUGAGACAAAUAUCUUUGAGACACAAAAUAUCACUGAGCUGAAAGUGUUUCCCUUGAGAGGGGAACUAAUCAAAAAGAAUCUCUUCAUUCUUUCGUUCUUUCUCUCUCUUUCUUUCAUUCGUUCUUUCUCUCUCUUUCUUUCUUUCGUUCUUUCUCUCUCUUUCUUUCAUUCGUUCUUUCUCUCUCUUUCUUUCUUUCGUUCUUUCUCUCUCUUUCUUUCUUUCGUUCUUUCUCUCUCUUUCUUUCUGUCUUUCUCUCCCUCUUUCAUUCUUUCUGUCUUUCUCUCCCUCUUUCAUUCUUUCUGUCUUUCUCUCCCUCUUUCAUUCUUUCUGUCUUUCUCUCUUUCUUUCUCUCUUUCUUUCUUUCAAAACUAUACUCAACAAUUCUCUUUUUUUCUUUUUCUUUUUACCAGUCUGUCUUUUCUUUAA